AGGCUGGACCCGGCCAUGGCGCUGGCCGCGCUGCUGCUGCUGCUGCUGGCGGCCGCCCCGGCCCCGGCCCCGGCCCCGGCCCCGGGGCCCGCCCCCGCCCCCGCCCCCGCCCCGCAGGCGGCCGACGCGCGGCAGGAGGCCGCGGUCCGGGCGCUGCUGCAGCGGCUGCUGGGGCCGCGGGCGGCCGCGGGCUUCGCCGUGGCGGUGAACCGCUCGCUGGCGGCCGGCGGCCCGGACACCUACCGGCUCAGCUCCCCGCCCGGCGCCGCGGAGCGGGUGCUCGUGGCCGGCUCCAGCGGGGUGGCCGCCGCCGCCGGCAUCUACCGCUACCUGCGGGAGCUCUGCGGCUGCCACGUGUCCUGGUCCGGGGCGCAGCUGCGGCUGCCGGACCCGCUGCCCGCCGUGCCCGGGGUGAUCCGCGCCGCCAGCCCCAACAGGUUCCGCUAUUACCAGAACGUCUGCGCCCAGAGUUACUCCUACGUGUGGUGGGACUGGCCUCGCUGGGAGAGAGAGAUCGACUGGAUGGCGCUCAACGGCAUCAACCUGGCGCUGGCGUUUACCGGGCAGGAGGCUGUUUGGCAGCGGGUGUAUCUGUCCUUGGGCCUGAACCAGUCUGAAAUAGACGAGUACUUCACCGGGCCCGCCUUCCUCGCCUGGAACCGCAUGGGAAACCUGCACACCUGGGCGGGGCCCCUGCCUCUCUCCUGGAACCUAAAGCAGCUGUACCUGCAGUACAGGAUCCUGGAGAGGAUGCGGUCGUUGGGAAUGAUCCCGGUGCUGCCGGCGUUCGCGGGGCAUGUCCCCAGGGGUGUCUUGAGGGUUUUCCCUCGGAUAAACGUCACUCAGCUCAGGAGCUGGAGCAAGUUCGACUGUACCUACUCGUGUGCCUACCUGCUGGACCCCGGCGACCCCAUGUUCCAAGUGAUUGGGACCCUCUUCCUGAAGGAGCUGAUCCGAGAGUUCGGCACGGAUCACAUCUACAGUGCAGACACCUUCAAUGAGAUGAGACCCCUGUCCUCCGACCCUGCCUACCUCUCAGGGGUCAGCGCUGCCGUCUUCAGAUCCAUGACCGGAGCUGACCCCGACGCGCUGUGGCUGAUGCAGGGCUGGCUCUUCGAGCACGAGCCCGACUUCUGGCAGCCGGCCCAGGUGCAGGCCCUGCUGCGUGGCGUGCCAAGCGGCAGGAUGAUCGUGCUGGAUCUCUUUGCGGAGUCCAAGCCCAUGUACCAGCGGACGGAGUCCUUCUAUGGGCAGCCCUUCAUCUGGUGCAUGCUGCACAACUUCGGCGGCAACCACGGCCUCUUCGGCAUGGUGGAGAGCAUCAACCGGGGCCCCUUCGACGCCCGGCGCUUCCCCAACUCCACCCUGGUGGGCACCGGCCUGGCCCCGGAGGGCAUUGAGCAGAACGACAUGGUCUACGAGCUGAUGAGCGAGUUGGGCUGGCGCUGGGAGCCGCUUGACCUCCAGCAGUGGGUGGACAACUACGCUGAGCGGCGCUACGGCACCAGGAACGCGGAGGCGGCCGGCGCCUGGCAGCUGCUGCUCCGCAGCGUCUACAACUGCUCGGGGCUCUGCGUCAACCACAACCGCAGCCCGCUGGUGCGCCGGCCGUCGCUGCGCAUGGCCACGGAGCUCUGGUACAACAAGAGUGACGUCUACGAGGCCUGGCGCCUGCUGCUGGCUGCUGCUGCCGAGCUGGGCACCAGCCCCGCCUUCCGCUACGACCUGGUGGACGUCACCCGGCAGGCCGCGCAGCAGCUGGUGAGCGAGUACUACCUGGAGAUCAAGCAGGCCUUCGAGAGCCGCUCGCUGCCGGAGCUGCUGACGGCCGGCGGGGUGCUGCUGUACGACCUGCUCCCGGAGCUGGACGGCCUCCUGGCCAGCGACCCCCACUUCCUGCUGGGCCGCUGGCUGGAGCAGGCUCGCGCCGCGGCCACCAGUGACGAGGAGGCCGAGCUGUACGACCUGAACGCCCGCAACCAGGUGACGCUGUGGGGGCCCAACGGCAACAUCUUGGACUACGCCAACAAGCAGCUCGGGGGGCUGGUGCUGGACUAUUACCGGGUGCGCUGGAGCCUCUUCGUCUCGGUGCUGGUGGAGAGCCUGACCACCGGCACACCCUUCCACCAGGAGCAGUUCAACCAGGCCGUCCUCCAGCUGGAGCGGGGUUUCAUCUACAACGGCAAGCGCUACCCCUCCCAGCCGGCUGGCGACACGCUGGAGAUCGUCAGGAAGAUCUUCCUCAAGUAUUACCCCCGUGCCAUGCGGCGCGGCCGGGUGGGGGCUGCGUGAGGGCGGCUGGUGGCUCUGUGGGGGUGGGAAAGGCGUCUCUGCGGCUGGCCCGGUCUCUCCCACGCCGGAGAUGCUGGUUCCCCGUCCUCCCCCCACAAGCCUCUGCCAGAGCCUGAACCGAGGCCGUGGACCCGAAGGGAAACCAAGCAGGAGCCUUGCUCUGCGUGUGAGCCAGGCUGCCGUGUGGGCAGGAGCAGGAAUGGGCUGGACCCACCAGUGCAGCACGGCGAGCUGGGGAAUGAGCUCCUGGGGAAAGGGCUGGAGGGACCGAUCCUGCAGUGACCCUCGGGGGGCUGGGAUGCUCUGACCUGACCAGUGUCUCCAUCGGCCCAGCCUUGCGGCUUGGAGGCUGAUCCCAGUGUCUGGGGGAGGCCGGACGAGGCCUGUUGCAGGGGCAGGCAGGACAGAGGGUGAGAGUGCUGAUCCCCUGGGGGCAUGGGAUUCGCAGAAGGGGGCAGGGAUAGACACUGGGAUACUAUGGUGCUGGGUGCAGAUCUGGAAUGGGCACAUGUGGGCAGUGCCCGCCUUGUAGGUGAUGCCCUCACUGCUGUAGGCUGAAAAAACCCCAAGUCCCAUUUCCCCACCACUGGCAGCUGCAAGGUUUGGGGAGGCUCUCAGAGGAGGGAAUCGCUUCCGAACAGGCCCAGGGGUGGGAAAUGCAGCGGGACCCUUGCAAGCCCAGGGGAAGAGUCUCUCUGUCCGGGGAGGGGAGUGUGAACACGCUGCUAUUCAGGGGUCUAAAGAACAAAAACCAGGGAGGCCGGAAAGCCCCAAUCCUGCUGCUUUGAUGCCGUUGCAAAGUGCGCACUGCAGCCGGGUCCCUGCGCUGACUGGCUGGCAGGCAGGGCCGGCUCCCUGCGAAUCUCGCCCCCUGCCCAGGGCUAGGAGGAGGCACUGCAUCGCCUGCAGCUCCCAUCUGUCCCUGACUAGGGGGUGCUGCCUCAACUCCUGUCCCCCCUUUGCCCCCCCAGAAGCCCCCUCCCAGCCCCUGGGUGUCAGAGCAGUUCUAAGGGCUGUCCCCACUCUUCUCCCCACGUGCCCUCUCUGUUGGUCUCAAAUGGGGGCAGAUCUGCCCCAGAACAGCAGCUCACCCACGUGGGGUUAUUCCUAGUGCCAGGACCUGUCCGGAUGGGGGCCGGCUCCCCACUCUGAACCCCCUCUGUGCCUUUGUACUAAAGGAAAAACAGACUUUGGGAAUAUAUUUUUAUGAGGACAGUAUAUUUUUACACCAGAGACCCCCCCACUCGCCCUCCUCCACCCAGAGCGCUGCUCUGUGCCUUGCCCCCUUCCCGCACCGGCCUGUGAGGCUCCUAAGGAGAGCUGGCACAUGUCUGAAUUCCUCCUUGCACCUGCUUCCAGUCGCUGCCGGCCUCUCCGGCUCCGGGGCACGAGAGGUGCAGCCGGAGCGCGGGGGCUGGGCUGCCGUGGACUCUGUCUCUUCUAGCCGAAUGAUUUUCAUAUGAUUGCGUAAGUUGGUUUGAACUGGAAGCACUUUUCGGAGGCUCUGAUGCCCGUACUGUGCCUGCCAAUUAAAGCCCUGGCAUCCGUU